UCAUGGAUGGAUGCGCACUGUUCGUCGACGCGAUAGGAGAUUAUCUUGUUUUGGUCGCCAUAUAUUUCAGAUAGAUAAGGCUUCGAUGGAAAAUGACCUCUGCUGCAUAGUUAAUUGUGAGAGAUAAUGCAACAGCCCAUGCCUGUCCAUCCCUCGAGGUUUUUUUAUAAAUAAUGCACAUGGUUAGUGUCACUGACUGCUCCAAAUCUCCACGCGACAACAUGGAUGAACAGAAUAUUCUACUAAUAUUUCACGCAAAGGAACGAAUGUGAUGGGUGCCGACGGUAGCAAAAACAGCAAGCAGUACACAGGGUCAGAAGAGCAGUCGAACACAUCCGGAUGGAGGGGAUUUCUCUCAACUAUGGGUAUUUCUCUCCCGGCGGCUCUCUGCCGCGUCAACCCACUAAGAAUCGGGUCACAUCGAAUGAUUUGUGACAAGGAGCCAUUCAUCCCCGAGCACCUGCUCUGCUCAGUGCCGAGCCCUGAGAAACUGCGUAUGGAAUGGAGUCUGCCUAGCUUUAUUAACAUGUUUCUGCCUGAAUUUCCCCACCGCCAAGUCCCAGGACAUGAACAUUUUCAGAUCACGGGUUACAUAGCCAAAGGAUCUUUUGGUCCAAUUUUAAAGGUGAAGGAUAAGUCAAAGCAAAAAACCUAUGCAGUUAAGGUUAUUCCAAAGUCUGAGAUUCUGCGCUUGGGGGUGUUGGAGCAGUCUAAAGAGGAAGUAAUAGUCCAGCGUCAGGUCCGCCACCCUUUUGUCCACGACCUGCAGGACUGCUGGCAGACCCAGCGGCACAUCUACAUUAUGUGUGAUUACUGCAGUACAGGGGACUUGUACACAUACUGGGUUAUGAUUGGACAGUUUGGAGAGGGUGUGGUGAAAGUGUUUGCAGCUGAAUUGGGUUCUGCAUUAGGGUUCCUUCAUGAUUGUGGAAUCAUCCACCGUGAUGUGAAGAUGGAGAAUGUCCUGCUAACAGAUCAGGGCCACCUUCGGCUGGCUGACUUUGGUUUGUCUCGACGACUGGAGCGUGGAGGAAGGGCAUUCACUAUUUGUGGAACAAUCCAAUACAUGGCUCCUGAAGUCCUUAGCGGUGGCCCCUACAACCAUGCUGCUGAUUGGUGGUCUCUCGGCAUCCUCCUCUUUGCAUUGGCCACAGGCAAGUUUCCUGUGUCUCCAGAGCUAGAUCACUGUAGCAUGCUGAGGAGGGUACGUGGCUUCCCAUACGAGAUGCCAAAAAACUUCUCUCCUCCUUUUGCUCUCCUGCUUACAGAGCUUCUUUGUAAGACUCCAGCACGUCGCCUUCGGACACUGGACCGCUUCAAGCGUCAAACCUUUUUCCAUGGCACACCGUUUGAUUCACACCUGCUUCAGAAGACCCCCAUGGAGCUGAUUCUGAAGCUGAAGAACCGCCCUGAUCGUCCUGCCAAAGCACGUCGAGGCCUGACCCAGGAACCCUUCCCGAACUUUGACUGUGACCUCCUCUUACACUCACCGUGCACACCCACAGCUCCAGACCUGUCCCCCUCUCUGGCCAACAUGGAGCGAGUAGAAGCACUCAUGCAAAGCCAUGUACCUCAGGAUGAUGCUUCCAAAAGAGAAGUGUUUGUUUAAGGACCAGCGAGAAACAUGUCAGUUACUGUGACUUACUGUAAGACAGUAAAGUUUAGUCAGGAGUCAAACACUUUAGAAGCAUAAAAGGCAAGAUGGAAAACUUAAUAUUCUAUCAUGAAUGUGUACUGGUUGUAAAGUGUAUUUCUUUUUUAUUGAGGCAGUCUUGCAUUAUGUUUAAUUCCUUACAUUUUGUUUAGACAUUUUGUAAAAUGUGGUUCAUAAUUCUUCAUGUCCUUUGACAUUAUUUGACUGUUUUGUCAUCAUUAAUAAGCCAAUACUGCAUUUCUUUUCAACACAUACAGUACCAUAAAUGAAAUUCUUCCCAGAUUAUAUGGACAAGUUACACAAUAUCUCAGGGAUCUUCACUUUUUAUCAAAACUGCUGAACCUCAGCCUCUUGAAAAAGCAUAGUCAUCGUUCAUGUGUGAAAUGGUAAUAUCCAAAAAGUGGGUACUUAUAACUUUAUAUGACAUUGCAUUCUUAGCACUAUGCAUUUUCACAGGUAAUUUGCAUAGUGCACUUUUCCCAUGUGUUUAUUGCUGUUGCUGGUUGAAUAUAUUUGUAAAAAGAUUGAGUCAUGACAGCCAAAGGACAUAAUGCAUACUUGGUACGUUUUUGUCCUGAAAGAGACUAAAGAAAAAGCAAAGCAAUGUAGAAUUUUUGUUUUGAUUGUACAUAAUAUUUCAUUUAUAGUAAGCGUGGUUAUAAAGCAUGUUAUCCUAAUGACUUUAUUGUUACUACUGUUAUUUUAAACAUUGCUGAGGGCCUGUGGAUCUAUGCCCAUGUAUGCAUAAAUAACCUUGACUUCCUGAGACAAUAAUUCUUUUUUUUUUUUUUUUUUUUUUUUUCAGAAUGCCUGACACCAA